CGGCGGAGAUAAGAGCGCGCGCUUCGUGCUGCCGCAGUUGAGCUGCGAUGAAGAGGAGCAGCCUCACGAGGAUGGAGCAGCUCUGAUCAACCAGCUCGUGGAACAGCAGCAACCAUCAAUAAUAACAUCUCGGAGGAGCUGCGCAAAGUUUGUCAGCGGGAAGGAAUAUUCACCAAUAACAAGGGCAUCGGCCUCGCUCCCCAGCUGCCAGCAUGAUAAAGGACUGCCUGCAGUUCCUUAUCGAGCCGGCCAAAAAGCUCAAGAUCCGACUCAAGGAGUCCCGUAAGCGGGUCAAACUUGAGAAGAAGGAGCUGCCGUUGGAAAGUCAGUUGUUUAUAAUGGAAUUGGCUCGGGAGCUCAAUAAAAUUUGCCAGAGGUCAAACGUCCUCAGCCACAUCUGGACCAGUGAGGACAUCUGGCAACCCAGUGUGUGUCGCGAUUUUAUCGUGGAAUGGGCCGCUGUUUUAGAAAAGAGAGUGCAGCCGAGGGUCAUACUGUCGGACUACCAGUGUGAAAAGCCAGAGAAGAAAGACUGGAAGGGUCACCUCCUCGGCAUGCUGGAGGCCGGAGGGGAGUGCGACAUGGGGCCCCACAAAAGAGUCAUUAUGGACUGGACACGGGGGAUUAAAAGCAGGCCUCAGCCCACCGUCUGGCCAGGCGAGCCGGUGCUCAUGAUGCUCGACGACCUGGAGUUCCAGUGGAAGAGGGGUCGUCUCCCCAACCUGCUCCCCGCCAUGGAGCUGGUCAUGCUGUCCGUGCUGAACGCGGACAGCCCUGUGAAGGAGGAUGUGACUAAGCAGUGGCUGGUGAGAAAGCAGAGGAGCCAGAGUACUGACGCCGUCCGCUACAUCCCCCACAGCGUGUGGAAUUGGAUUUGCGAUGCAGCAGAGGACGUCACCCUGGACUCGGACUCCGCCAACCCAGACCUCAUCAUCUCCAGUGAUGAGAAACGCAUGCGCUGCGGCCUGGAGCGCCGCGACGCCCCGCGGUGCCGGCGGCGCUUCAACGGCUGGUGGUGCGCCACGGGCCAGGAGGGCUACACCUCCGGACGCCACUACUGGGAGGUGGACGUGGGCGAGCGGGACUGGCGGCUGGGGGUCGCCAAGGCGUCCGCCGUGAGGCAGGGCUUCCGCUCGCUCAACACAGUAACGGGCUACCUGACCCUGCGGCUGGAGAGGGGCUCGGAUCUGAAAGCCCUGACGGUGCCCGCCACCUCGCUGCCGCAGAGCUCGGUGCCCAGGAGGGUCGGGGUGUACCUGGACUAUGAGCAGGGCCAGCUGUCCUUCUAUGACGCGGAGAAGCGCUCGCACCUGUACACCUUCAACGAGAGGUUCGCAGAGGAACUGUACCCGGUUUUCGGGACUGUGGAGGUGGUGAACGACCUGGUGGUCAGGCCUGCAGAUGUCAGGCAGCCGUGCCUCUGCCCCGGGCCCUGCCUCUGGACCUGAAUCACACAGCCACCACUUCUCCGUCCUGAUCCCCAGCAGCCCACAGAGUCCGUGCUUUCAGUCAUUUAGUCCAUUUGAAUCUCGUGCGCUGGUUCUAGACCCCAAACGUGUCUCUGCGGGCUGCUCUGUGAGAACAGGACCAAGAACCGUUAUUCUGCACGUUCUGUUCCUCUGCCUUCAUGGAGACAUUAGCCGUUUUCAGACAUGGACUCUGGAGAAUGUCCGCAGAAUUGGACAAAAGUUUGUCUUUCACACAUGAAGUAAUCAGCAGGAGAUUCUCACCACCACACAGAGCGUUCAGGUGAGGGGGGCGGGGUGCAGCAGGAAGAGGCGGGACGUUACAGCACAUCGACACCGGGGGUCGGCCCUUAUCACCAAAAGAUCCCUUGACUUCUUCGAAGGUGUCUUCUACGUAGGUGGCACUGCUUUUUUAGACUGAGAUAUUUGUUUUUGUUUUUGUUUUGUUUUUUCAUUUUUGCAUCCUUCGCAUGUUCCAACACACCAACUCCCUUGUGGUGACUCCUCCUCCUCCAGGAUCCCCUGCUCCUCUCCUCUCCUCCACAUGGGCACAUCCUUCCAUUCUCCAGGGUUUUUACUAGGGGGCCUGGUGGGGGAAACUGUGCAGAAACUCUGGAGCAUCUCACUCUGACAUUUAAAAAAAUUCUCCAGAGUUCAGUGCAUGUUUGAAAGCAGCUAUACAGUAUUUGACUCUUUGUAAUGUAAAGACUAUUUUAAAUGCUGUAAAAACGUUUUUUCACUGGUAAAUACGAUUUGAAAGGGGCUCAGUGCAGCUGAUGCCGACACGUGCAGGAACAUAAACGUGCAGGAACAUCCAGUGGAGACGCAUGUUGAGGGAUAAUUCUCACUUCUUGGUUUUUAAGCUUCCUAUUUGUCAGGCAUGAGCUUGUUUUUGCAGCUGUGCUUUUGUUUAAGCGUUAAAUUUGUAAAGAUGUUUUUCUCCCUCUCAUAAACAUCUGAAUAAAUGAACUGUAAAUGCUC